AUGCGCAGUGCGCUGCUGUCGCCGGCAGCCCUCCGGCGGGAGCUCACCUGCUCCGUCUGCCUCCAGCUCUUCCGCCAGCCCGUCACCCUGGGCUGCGGCCACAACUUCUGCCGCGCCUGCAUCGUGCAGGUGUGGGAGAGCCGCGAGCGGCAGCGCCGGCUGGCGCAGGGCGAGGCUCCGGCUCCGGCCCGGGGGUCGGGCAGCAGCUACUCGUGUCCGCAGUGCAGGCAGAUAUUCUCGUCUAAGAACUUUACCAAGAACUUCUUGGCUGCGAACUUAGUCGAGAGGCUGCAGGAAUCGAAGUCUGCCUCCCGCUCUCCUGGUAACUCAGGGCCAAAGCAGUGCAAGAAGCAUCAAAAGCCCAUGACCAUGUACUGUGCCACUGACCAGAAGAUCCUCUGCGACAUAUGUCGGCUGUCAAAAGCGCAUAGGACCUGCGAUAUUCUACUAGUUCAUGAAUUAACUGAAGAGUUUCUGAAGAGAAGAAAAGAGCUAAAGGCAAAAAUUGAAGAAGAGUUUGCUAAACUGAUAGAGUUUUUAAUUGAAGAAAGGGAGAUAUUUUUGGUGCAGCUGGAGGAGGAGGAGCAGGCAGCACUGAAGGAGAUGGAGGCAGGGGAGGUGGACCUGGUGGCCACCAUUGUGGAGCUGGAGAAAUCCAUAGCCGACAUCCAGAACAAGCUCAGCCAGUCUGUCUCAUUGGAGGAAAUGCUGGACACAAUUUCUCAGCCGAUACCCCAGCUGGAGAAGCCCGCCAACGUGAAGCUGAACCCACGUUGGGAGCUGUUCACUGGACCCCUACAGUUCAUCGCCUGGAAACGGAUGCAGGAUGUUAUCAGUCCAGGGCCGGAGAACCUCUUCUUUGACCUCCUGACCGCCCACCCCAGCCUCCGCUUCAACAGUGACUACACCACGGUGGAGUCCUCCGGCUCGCGGGGCCAGCCGUCCGACGACCCUGAGCGUUUCAGCUCCUUCCAUGGGGUGCUGGCGACUGCCCACUUCAAGUCAGGGCGGCGCUACUGGGAGGUGGAGGUGGGCGACUCGCUGGCCUGGUACUUGGGCGUGACCUGUGUCCACAGCGCCCGCAAGGGCUACAUCAAGCUGGCCCCCUCCAAUGGCUACUGGAGCAUCUGCAGACUGCUGGACUAUUGGGUGAACGAGGAGCAGCGUCGGCCGCUGGAGGUCACCGCCAAGCUCUCCAGAGUGGGCAUCUACUUGGACUUUGAGGCUGGCCAGGUCUCCUUCUACGACGCCUGCUGCAUGGACCUCCUCUGCACCUUCAGGACCACCUUCCGCUGCCCUGUUGCCCCGUUCUUCAGCCCCAGCCGAGGGGUGUCAAGCAUCCUGAAGCUCUGCCACUUCUGAAGCUUGCUCCUCUUGCAUUCCCCCAACCCAGACUGCCGUCCACCAACAGUGCUGCUUUG